AAAUAAUCUGCAAUAUAACCUCAAUAACUCAUAAUUGAUCUAAACAUUACGUAUAAAGUUGACAAGAACGUUUGACUGCAUUUUAUUAUACAUUUAGCUUCCCGACUCCUUUCUGCGUGGCCUAAAUAAGAGGCUAAAGAACGUAGCGGCGGUGACUUGUCAGCCACAAUGGCUGAUUUAGGUUUCAGUGAACAUCAUCAGAAUGAAAUUAUCAAUUACAUGCGAUUUACACGUUCAAAGAGGAUCCUGAGACUCAAGACCAUCGACGCAUGCUUUGAGGAAGUCAAAGAUAGCAGGUUGGUGGAGGAAACAUUCACAGUUGAUGAGGUGAGAGAAAUGCUGGACGGGCUGCAGAUGGUGGUGCAUGGAGAGGUGGAGACAGAACUCAUGAACUCAGCCCACAUCAAUGUUCUGCAGCUCAGGCAGCUCUUCUCCCAGGCCGAGAAGUUUUACCUCCGACUACAGAGUGACAUCUCAGAGCUGGAGAACAGGGAGCUGUUAGAGCAAGUAGCUGAAUUUGAGAAGACUGAUUUUAAAACCUUUGACAAGAUAAACCAGAAUCCAAGCAAAUCUAAGUUGGCGCCAAUGAAUGAAAGUGGAGUGUCUGAACUUCUUAACAAGGAGAUAGCCAGACUACAGGAGGAAAAUGAUAAACUGAAGACCAAGCUGCGGACUUUGGAAUUGCAGGCUAUGAGUGUGCUGGAUGAAAAAACCAAAGCAGAGCGAGCUCUGAAAGAUCUUCAGAAGGUGCAAGGAGAGCAACAGGUGGCCGCUCAUUCAAUGGAGAUCAGUAGUCUGGAGGACACAGUGGCUGCUCUUAAGGUGGACUUCGAAAAGACUCUCAGCACCAAUGCUGCAUUGCAGAAGGAUCUUCAAGAGAACCUGAUCUCUUCAAAACACGAGCUUCUACGAGUCCAAGAGCAGCUGGCCAUGGCAGAGAAAGAGUUAGAGAAGAAGUUCCAGCAAACUGCUGCCUACCGGAACAUGAAAGAGAUCCUGACAAAGAAGAACGAGCAGAUUAAGGAGCUCAGAAAAUGCCUGCAGAAAUACGAGCCCAACGAAUGAGUGUCUUCAGUGCUGCUGACGGAGACAGGAACAAGAUUUGGAAGUGUGGUUUGGACAAACAACUCCCUGUUCUGCCACUGUUUAAAAAAAGAGAUAAAAGCAGCAUCACGUGGAAACGUUCACACUUUGUCUUAGUAGUUAUUUGCUUUAUUAGAGCACGGCAGCGGUGGCAGUGAGGUUUGACGUGCAUACAACUGAACAUAAAGACAGGAAGCAGUGACAAAUGAAAACUUCCAGCUGUGCAGUUUUCCAUGUCUGCUUUGGGAGUCGACUUUCUUCAGUGUGCUAUGCAAUCGCCACGGGUGUCUGUUUGACAAGGCCUUGUCCGUUUGGUGACGUGGACAGAAACAGUCUGCUCAAAGCUUUUCAUUCUCCCCUGUCAGCUACGUAGGAAGUCAUAAUACACAGCUUUGUGGUGUCUUGAUUAUUGUUAUUUAGUUAAUUGUUUAUUUAGUAAAAAGUUUAUGAAACACUUAGAACUUCGAAGUUCCCCGACCAUUUAAUCUAUAAUUUGUUUAGGGAGCACUUGAUAGAAUUUUCACACAUUAUCUGUGAUCUGACGUUCUGUGAAGGUCUGAUGAUUGAAAGUACACAUUAUUAUUCUAAUUUCUGUUAUUUUUUUGUGAUCUAAUUUGAAAGGUAUUUCAAGAGUGAUUUCAAGUUAUUUCCUAAUUUCUCUACACAGAAUUUGUUUUUCUUCUUUGCAAACUAACUGUACUUGUCAGUAGGAGAUGGAGUGUAAGAAAAAGAAUCUGUAUACAUGAUGUUCAUGACAUAAUGCUCCUGUAGGGGUUGAUAAAAUCUUUAUUAUCUUUAUUAAUAAACGUGUGCUCAGUUA